GAAGUAACGAAAGGUUCUCGAUUUAGAAUGAUGCAGUACCAAUGAAACGAAUUCACGUCGUCUAAUUUCUUUAGAAACUAGAUUCUACCUGAAAGUUCGCUUAGCUUAUGCAGCGUGGUGCAAUCCAAGAAACGUAGUUAACCAUAUAUAGCAAGCUCUACCGCUCUUCUUCCCACUGAAUUCCAACAGUUGCUAUUAGCAUGAUCAGUUUGUCAUUUUCCUUUGCCUUUGCUCAACAUCAACAAAAAGUCCAUGCCAUCAAAGUCAAAUAAGUGACUUUCAAGUUGUUGUUUGUAAUUUUGUUAGCUCGGCCUCAAUACAUUAACAAUACAUCUUACCCUGAAGGAACUAGAAGGCUUUUGCUUGAAUUGUUAAAUGAAAUUGGUGAAACUGCAGAACUACUUAGAUCUAGUUUCAACUGAUUUCAGUUCUUUAAAGAGACAAAAGUGAUGGAUUUCUGUGAUGACUGUGGGAUACUUCUCCCGCCCAAUGUUGAAUCAGAAUAUUGCAAUCCCUGCAAUGAAAUGAAACGAAAGCGCAAGACUGCACGUGAACCUUGUGAUUGUGAAUUAUGCCAUAAUAGUGGGAGUAGCCAGCCUGUCUCUGGUCAUGGAAACUCUGCCGCCACAGACUUUUACUCACAUCGUUCUAUGAAUAUUUCAACAUCUUCCAGUGAUGAUGAGGCAGACAGACAGACUUCUUCGAAAAGCAGUCAACCAAAGGGUCAUAAUACUAGUGGUGGUAAUCAAGGUAAUACUGACCCUGGAUGGACUAUUGUAAAAAAGGAGAAAUCCCCAAGGAGUUUAGCAGGAAACCUCGUUGCUAGUGAUAUUAGAGAAAAGUGGGAAAAAGAACAAAUUGAUUACAAAAGGCAGCUUUGCAAGACUGACACACCUGUUAUCUCUGCCCUUGUCAGUGGAUGCAGAAGAAAAGAAGGUGGUGGUCGUUUUUAUAUCGGUGGUGUUGACAUUUCCUUCAUAAAAGGAAACAACGUUGAUGCCUGUGCCUGCUUGAGUGUGAUACAGAUGCCAGACCUCCAGAUGGUUUACCAGAGGAUGGAGAUGAUUCAGCUUACUCAGCCAUAUAUACCAGGUUUUUUGGCUUUCCGAGAAGUUCCAGCUCUUGUUGAUCUGUAUCACGAAAUGGAAAAGUCAGCACCUCAGUAUCUGCCAGAUCUCAUCAUGGUAGAUGGAAACGGCAUGUUACAUCCCAGAGGAUUUGGAUUGGCUUGCCAGUUGGGUGUGGUCCUGGAUGUGCCGACAAUGGGGGUAGCAAAAACUCUGAUAUCUGCCCAAGGUAUCGUUGACGAUGAGGCUCAUAAGAAAAAGAAAAAAACUUUGGCAGGUGCUGGCGAUGAUUUUGAUUUGACGUCCGAUUCAGGGGAAGUCCUUGGAAAGUGUGUCCGCGUCCAUGACCAAGCACCAAACCCGGUCUACGUCUCCAUUGGCCACAAGAUAUCAAUAGACUCAGCAGUGUGGUUGGCUCUAGAGUGCAGCAAGUACCGUAUCCCUGAGCCUGUCAGAAGGGCGGACCUGGAUUCCAGGGAGUACCUGAGGCAGAACAGGAGGGACCUACAUGAAUUCAUUAAGACUUAAUGAUUUUAAUGUUGAGUAAGCUUGUAGAUUUCAUCCUCCAGCUGUCUAGACGUCUCCACGUGCUCCAUGGGAGUCUCAAAAGUUACUCACCCCGUCCCUGGAAACGGGUUUCUUAAGCGUGUGAUUUUGAGGAAAAUGUGUCAACUUUUGAAUGUUUUAGGUGUACGCUGUAAAUGCCAUAAUAUUUUUUUGACCCGCUUUAGGUUUACAUCAAAGUAAAUGUGUCGAAACUUUAGUUUGCAGCAACCUUUAUUUAUGGCCUUUUUUUACUAAGAUUCUACUUGUCAUCCAACUUUUAGACCCGUAUGGAAAGAUCUGAGAAGGUUAAACUAACUUAAACAGAGCGAUUUCAUUUUUUCUUGCUUUAUCCGCGGUCAGAUGAAAGUGAACAAGCUAUAGUUCUGUUUACUCUGUGGAGAGGGGUUGCAGUGAAUCUUUUCUCUGCUCAUCGGGAGAAUUUAAAAAUUAUAACGUCGUCGUCUUACAACUGUAAGUUUUGCAGACAGAUUUUCCAUCUAUUAGACCCUCUUGAAGACUUCAAAGUUUCACAUUGUUCGCAAUAGUGACUUGUUAUGUUCAUUUUUAAGUGGGCAGUGUUGCUUUUUUGUGAUUUUUAGACAUUUUGAUGUUCAUUUCCUUGAGUUAUGAAUACAACUAGUGGCAUUUGCUGAAUAAGAAUACUUUUGUUACUCUUUUCACUCCAAGUAGUGCUAUAUCAUGACUGUAUGAUAUGUUAUAUAUUUAUUGCCUGAUUUGGAGAUUUUUAAAAGUUUGAUUGUAAUUCACAAUAUGACAACACAUAGAGUGGAAUCCUCUUAAACCAAAACCUUUUGGGUCUCCAAAUGUUCUUUGUUUGUGAUGUGUUUUUUAGUUUAGAGGGAUUGCUCAAAUAAUGAAAAAAAAAGAUGGUGACUCUCUAUUUUCUUUUGGUUUAUAGCUGUUCUUGGUUUAAGUGGAUUUAUGUAGACCUAGUUUUAUUGCUCAAAAGUUGUUUGCUGUGUCAGCGUAUCCAUUUCAGGUAGCUUCAUGAUAUUUAUUGAGUUGUUUCUUCUGAAUGUUACUGUUUACUUUUUUGUUGUUGCUGAGAUGAAUGAGGAAACUGAUGGGUGUGGAUGAAACAAUCUUUACUUUUAUUUUUUAUACACACAUAUUUCUGUUGUUCCAUGUCACCGUUAAGGAACCUUUAUUACAACACUUUUAAGGUUUUUAAAAAUCUUAUAUUUUUUAGACAAACAUUUGCAAUAUUUCUCUAUUGACUCCUGAGUCGAGUAUGUGUACAAUUAUUAAAAUUUUUAUUCAUCAAUAAUUCUCAACCAUUUAAGGAAAGUCUCCUCAUGCUCAAUUUUUUCAUUUGUUGUGUGAUAUAUGUAUCAUGAUAAGAAUAAAAGGUUAAUGGGAUUAUAAACAUUGCGA